UUGUUCGUCCGGUUAACAUGCAGAAACUGUUCACACGUUACAUACACUUUGAAGUCACUGCCUUCGGAGUUUUAAUUCUCAUGAGAUCGAUCAUCAUGGUGCAUAAAGUUUUAACGGAUCCAGACCUAGACGCCAUGAUGAACUAUUUUUGGGAGUUCACUAGUGACUUCCGGUGGCUUCGAGAGGUCAUCGUUCCCUGUGAGCUUUUGUACGUCACGGCAGUGCUGUUGCUUUUCUAUGGAAUACGAAGUAAGGAUGAACGAUUCUUCUUCGCACUCAUGGUGGCCGUAUUUGUCGAUUUUGGAGUGAAAGUUUUUGGGCAAAUAAAUGCUAUAUGGAUGUCCGAAUCCGAAAAGCUCUGGACGUGGCCAAUUUUUUUGGAUCCAAUGCAGCUGGUGUCUCAAGUGUAUGAGCUUAUUCACUGGAGCUUGACGAUAAUUUUACUCAGCCGAAUAUACUCCACGGGAAGGAACGCUCGAAACCAGUUUGUGCGGUUCCGAGUAAAGGAAGAUGAGAUGAAGCUUAUAGAUUGAUUUUUGCCUCAACAGCGUGAUAACAGUUUAAUUCCAAGAAGUAAAAUAUUCUAUAAAAUAACAAAAACUAUUGUUUGGUUGUAAGGUUUGUU